AUGCAUUGUCUCAUGUGUAGUUGUGGAUGUUUUAUUUCCAAUGCAAAUCAGAGCUUAGCUUAUAACUUUGUAAAUAAAGGCUAUGAUGUGUGGAUGGGUAACGCACGUGGAACACGAUUCUCCCAAUUUCACAACAAGUACACGACGGAUGACCCUGAAUAUUGGAACUACAGUCUUCACGAAAUCGGGUCUAUUGAUGUGCCAACAAUGAUGGAAUUUGUUUUGCAAAAGACAAAUGUGGCCAAGUUGCAGUAUGUGGGUCACUCGCAGGGAGGUGCCUUGUUUAUGAUUAUGGCAGCGACGAAGCCUAAGCUAAUAAAUCGCGUGAAAGCGGCAUUCUUACUGGCACCAGCGAUGGUGAUAGGAGGAUCUUUUAGCACUCUUAUCAAAAUCGGAUAUAUUUUUGCUCCAACAAUACAGGAAUCCUUUCGAUUGAUUCACCUGAACGGGAUUUUGCUUGAUCGAAAAAUUUUAGAUUCGGCAAAAGAAAAUAUUCUGGCUAAUCCUAGUGUAGAUUACUAUUCUAGAGCUUUGUAUUUUGCCAUCAUGGGUCCCAAUUCUGGAGAAACUGACAUUCAAAAUUAA